CGACCCCGCCCCCGGAGUCCCGUCCGCCGGCAGCGCAGCCCCGCUGGACGCUCGACCCGCCAUGGCGCCCCUGCCGCUGCUCUGCCUCUGCGCCUUCGCCCUGGCGGCGGUCCCGGGCUUCGCCGCUUCGGAGGAGCCCCCCGCCCCGCGCUGGGGUGUGGACGGCCAGCUUGCCCUGGAGGACACGGAGGGGCAGGGCGAGUGGACAGCGUGGUUCAACGUGGACCACCCUGGCGGCGACGGCGACUUCGAGAGCCUGGCGGCCAUCCGCUUCUACUACGGGCCGCAGCGCGUGUGUCCCCGGCCGCGGGCCCUGGAGGCGCGCACCACGCGCUGGGCUUCGCCCGCCGCUGCAGGCGAACGCGUGCACCUGAGCGCAGAGCGCGGCUUCUGGUGCCUGAACCGCGAGCAGCUGCACGGCCGGGGUUGCUCCAACUACCUGGUGCGCUUCCGCUGCCCGCCGGAGGCCGCUUGGGGCCCGUGGGGGCCCUGCUCCACGAGCUGCGGGCGGGGGCGUCGCCUGCGCCGCCGCCAGUGUCCCGGCCCCCAGGGGCCCGAGUGCCCCGGGAGCCCCCAGGAGGCUCAGGAGUGCGAGCAGCCCGCGUGUCCAGAUUGCAGCCACAGCUCCUGCAAGUGUCCCGACCACUCACUCCUGGGCCGGGUGGUCAGCCCCUCAGGGCAGCCGCUGCAGGGGGUCAGGGUGUCCCUUCGAGAGUGGCCGGGCGCCAAGGCCACCAGCGAUGCCUAUGGAAGCUUCCGGAUGCCCGGCGUCUGUGCCGAUAGCCUGGCCAAUGUCAGCGCCCACGUGGACGGCUUCCUGGGGGGUGAGGCCCAAGCCCAUGCCAACAGCUCCGUGUCCUCGGUGGUCACGCUCGUCCUGGAGAAGCUGGAGAAGCCCUAUCUGGAGCAGCACCCCCUGUCCCGCGUGGAGGAGGCUGGCGGGAACGUAACCUUCUGCUGCAAGGCCUUGGGCCCUGCAAAAUAUGCCUGGUUCCACAACGGGUCACUGCUGGGCGGGCGAGCCCAGGGGCAGGGGCGGCACCUGGAGCUGCGCGAGCUGCGCCUGGACCAGGCGGGGAGCUACCACUGCGAGGCCCGGAAUGCGGUGGGCCUGGCGCGCUCUGACCCCGCGCAGCUCACGGUGCUGGCCCCGGGCCAGCCCGCCUGCGACCCCCAGCCGCUGCCGCAUUUCAUCCGCCUCCCCGACGGCUGCGGGCUCUUGGACGUGGGCACCUGCUCCGCCUCGGCCUGCCCGGGGCCGCCCGGCUCGCCACCCCGCUGCGGGGACCCCGCCCCGCACUGCUGUGCGCCGCUGCGCCUGGAGGCCCGGGAGGUGCGCUGCGGGGGCGCCGCGCUGCCCCUGCAGGUGGUGGUCGCCUGCGGGUGUCGCCGCUGCUUCGCGCCACGCGCCCUGGUGCGAGGCCGCCUGCUGGCCGCCGACUCGGGGGAGCCGCUGGCCUUCGCGCGCAUCCUGCUGUUCGGCCGCCCGCACGGCCUCACCUCGGCCCGCGGCGGCUUCACGGUGCGCGUGCCGCCCGGGCCCGCACGUCUGGUGCUGACCUUCCAGGACGCGCGCGGGGACUUCGUGGACGCGGUGCGCGCGGUGGCGCUGGACGCGCGGGGCGGCGCGGACGCCUUCCUGGAGGUGCGGGCGCUGCGCAAGGGCCCGCCGCUGCUGCUGGCCGCCGACCGCGGCCACACGCUGGCCCUGGGUGCGAGGCCCGGCGCCGCGCCGCUCGGGGAGCUGGAGCUGCCGGCCGGCGCCUUCCGCACCACCGCGGGCCUGCCGUACGCGGGCCCGGUGCGGGCGCGCCUCACCUGCGUGGACCCGCGGGACCUGGCGGCGGCCGCGGCGGCGCCCAGCGACCUGCGCUUCGCGGCGGCGGCGGGCGGGCUGGCGGCGCUGCGCACCUACGGCAUGUUCGCGCUGGAGCUCCGCGCCGCCGGGGAGCCGGGGGAGCCCGGGGAGGAGCUGCGCGCCGGGCCGCUGGCCGUGCGCCUGGACGCCGCGCUGGUGCGCGCCCCGGGCCACGCCGCGGCCAUGCGCCUGUGGACGCUGCACCCGCACUCGGGGCUGUGGGAGGACGCGGGCGCGCUGCGGCGGCGGGGGCGGGCGCGGGCGCGGGCGCGGCGGGAGGAGCGUGCCUUCCUGGUGGGCCUGGCCGAGCUCCGCGAGCGCCGCCUCUUCAAUCUCGACGUGCCCGAGCGCCGCCGCUGCUUCGUCAAGGUGCGAGCCUACGCCAGCGGCCGCUUCGACGCGCGCGAGCAGCUGCGGGGCGUGCGGGUCACCCUGCUCAACCUGGAGCCCGCGCCCGGCUUCGCCGCCAACCCGCGCGCCUGGGGCCGCUUCGACAGCGCGCUGACCGGGCCCGACGGCGCCUGCCUGCCCGCCUUCUGCGACGCGGUGCGGCCCGACGCCUACACCGCCCUGCUGAGCGCCGCGCUGGGCGCCGAGGAGCUGGAGCCGCCGGCCGCCGCGCUGGGGGUGCCGGCCGGGGUGCGCGCCCGCCUGGCCUACCGCCGCAGCGACCACGGCCGCCCGGGGCUCAAGCGCACGGCGCUGCGCAUCCAGGUGGCGCGGCCGCGGCCCGGGCGGCCCGAGGAGGCGCGGGGCCCGGUGUACGCUUGGCGCCAGCUGCGGGCCUGCCAGGACGCGGCGCCCGGGGACCCGCACCUGCGCUUCGCGCGCGUGGAGGCCGACCGCUUCGAGUUCGACGUGGUGCCCUUCCCCGAGGCGGCGCCCGAGGCCUGGACCGGCCACGCGCUGGCCUGGUGGCCCGACCCGCAGGCCUUCCGCGCCUGCUUCCUCAAGGUGCGGCUGCGGGGCGCGGGCGAGCUGGUGGUGCGGGCGCGCAGCGAGGGCGGCAUGCACCCCCGCACCCGGGGCCGCCUGUACGGGCUGCGGGACGUGCGCAGCGUGCGGGACUCGCGCGGGUCCGGCGCCUCGGCCGCCUGCGUGGAGUUCAAGUGCGCGGGGCUGCUGUUCGACCGGCGGUGGCCCGACCGGCCGCGCGUGACCGUGACCCCGCAGGGCAGCUGCCGCCGCGCCGCCGUAAACCCGCUGCUGCGGGCCUACCUGCGGCGCCGCCCGCCCCACGCCGCGCCCGCCGGGGCCGCCGCCUUCGCCCUGCUGGCGCCGCUGGACGCGCUGGGCCACAGCUAUGGCGUCUACACCGCCCGCGACCGCAGCCCGCGCCUGGCCAAGGAGGCGGCGCUCGGGCGCUGCUUCCGCGGCUCCUCCGACGCCACGUCACGCCGCAUGCGGGUGGACGCGGGCGUGGCGGUCACCUUCCAGUGUCAGGAGCCGCCGGCCGACCGACCGGGCCUGGCCCAGCGCCUGCUCGAGGCCCCAGCCGGCGCGCUGGGCGACGUCCUCGGCGACAUUGCCAGGGAAAUGGCGGAGGCCACGCGGGAGGAGGCCCAGGGGCUCUUGGGAGACCGCAGCGCCCCCCGGGACCCCGGGAACUCCAGUGACCCCGAGGACCUCGACCUCUCUGACCCCAGGGACAUCGACCCCGUUGACCCCGAGGACCUCGACCCCUGGGACCCCAGUGACCCAGAUGCCACUGACCCCAGGAUCCGUGAUCCUUGGGACUCCAGUGACCCCAGGGAUUGGGACCCUAGUGACCUCACUGACCGCGACUCCAGUGACCCCAUGACCUCCCCACCCGUGACCCCCAUAACCCCAUGACCGCCUGUCCUGUCCAGGUAUUUCUUGAUGCUCAGCUCACAGGCUGUGGAGUGCAGGGGCUGGUGGUGCAGGCUCUCUCUGGUGCUCUGGGGACCCCUCCCCGGGGCCCAGGUUAUUAAAGAUGCUUCAGUGA